UCAUUCCGCCGCGAGCUGCCGGCCACGCCGCACGUACGUCGCGACAAUGAUCGAUUACGCGCGCCCUCUCUACGAUCAAAAUAUGCCUUGCGAUCUAUAUUACCCAUCUACUUCACCGGCGCCCGCGCGCCUUGACGACUUCCAAGUUUUCAAGAAAGGAACUGCUUCGCACAUUUACGGAAAUUAUUAUUCUAACUCGCCCUACGACUCGUACCCCGAGCCCGAGAUUGACAGCGCCAUGAACGUGUACCACAACCUGGUCAGCUGUCGUGACUACCCUCGCGACAACCGGGAUGACUGGAAGUACAAGGUCGUGGAUGCCUGGAAUGAAGAUGACACCGUCUCCUGGAUGAUCGACACCGUCCAGUACUUGGGACAUUGUGAAACUGAAAUUCCCUUUUACAACUUCAGAGUUAAAGGAUUCGAGCUGAGGAAUAUGAAACGUGAGGAUGUGCUGAACAGGAUGCUCCACCCGAGCAUUGACCACAUUACUUCGAGACGAAUUGCGGAUAGUGUGUAUGAAAAGCUGCAGAACCGUCUCCACGAAGAAAUAUUACGCCAGUCCUCCAUCAUCAGAUACGCAGACGUUGACCCGUACCAUAGCCAAGAGUCCACCAACACCAUGCUCGAUUUGGAUUCUCUGGAUCACAAGAACAGACUCUACACCUCCGACUACACCCCCAACGACAGCACCCUCCUGCAUCAAACUGACUCCAGCGAUGACACUGAGGAUGUGUUCCGUUCCUCAGAGACCGCGUCCCCUGAGUACUCGUAUGGCAGUGAUGGAAGCAAAUCUGGAGACGAAGAUGACAAAAGAAAAAUAGUGAAAAGACCGCCCGGCAGGCCGAAGGGCAGUGGCCGAAGACCGAUGAAGCGUCCAAGGAGCGUGUCCGUGCCGGAGUUCCUGAGGAACUUGCUGCUGGAUUCCAAAUACUGCCCGUCAAUCAUCAAAUGGGAGGAUCACUCUCAGGGAAAGUUUAGGUUCGUGAAGCCAGACGAGGUGGCGAAGCUGUGGGGCCACAUGAAGCAGAACGAGAACAUGACGUUCGAGAAGUUCAGCAGGGCCAUGAGGUACCACUACCGGCAGAUGGUGCUGGUGUCGGUGCCCACGGCACGCCUCGUCUACCAGUUCGGCCACAAGGGACCCGACUUCAAGACCGACAACCCCAACUUUGUCAAAGUGAAAUCAGAAAAUGUUACCGACAUGUCGUAUUCUUAGUUUAAAUUAAGAAAGUAUUAGGCUAAAAUUUGUUGAAAGUCGAUGCUCAGAGUAAGAUAAACAGUGAUAUGAUGAUGGUUACGUAUAGUAUCUAGAAUCUUGUCCUUGGAGGUUUAGGAGGAAUACGACAUACAGUAAUUAGGUAAGUUUGAGCAGACAAGUCAAGACGAUAUCUGAUCACAAAUUGGUGACAGUAGCAGCGGAGAAAAUGUGUGUCUAUUCAUCAAUAAUAAUGUCAAUUGAUUUUUCCAAAAAAUCAUCGUUCCACCCAAGGGCAUUAUUGAAAAGAAUAGUUAUAAUCAGGUUAUUUGGAUGAAGUGAGAUCACCUCCAAGCUAUGAUGGUCCUUAGAUUGUCUCGGUACACUCUAACGACUAUUAUUUAGGUUCAACUUUACUUCAAGUUGACCAUAUUUUUGACGUACGAAGCCACGGCCGCGUACUGUUGUUGUUGAGAUCAAGGGCUGAAAUUUUUGAAUUAAAUUUUAGUCAUGAUCGUGUUCUUUAUACGUAAUUUUUCUUAUGAUGUCUUUGUAUUAAUAAAUACUUAGUGUUUAACAAAUGUUUUAAUGUUAUAGUCUAAAUAUUUCUAGCAAAAUUCGACCACGGUUUGCAACUUGGAGGUGGUCUCAAAGUUAAGUGUUUUGGAAGUUAUAUGAAUGUACUUUAGGUAAGAUAGGCUC